CUGACACAACGUGAAAGUCAACUGAAAGCAAAACGAGAUAGAGCAUAAAACCAGCAUUAAAUGUGUUGUUAUUUGUAUCAUCAAGUUGUCUCAACAUGUGCUUUUAGCCGGUUUUGUGUAAGGUGGAUCAUUUGUCACGAUGUUUCAGGCUGUAGUUAAAACGCUUUGUGUUGCAUCAACCAGAUCAGUGUCUCGGGGAAUAUUAUGUACUCGACAUUAUUGUAAGAAGACACCAACCAAACUAAGAGUGUCCGAAGCAAUCUCAGGUGCUGAACUGGGAGCACAUAUCAAAGUACAGGGUUGGGUUCGUUCUGUCAGACCUCAGAAGGCCAAUCUAUUUCUGAACGUGAAUGAUGGGAGCUCCUUGCAGUCAUUACAAAUUGUCGCCACUUCAGAGCUGAAUGACCCCUUACUCACAUUUGGUAGUGCUGUUGAAGUCACGGGAACCCUUAAGAAAAGCCCACAUCAAAAACAGACGGUUGAACUGCAGGCAGAACAAAUCCAUGUAAUUGGAGAAUGUAACCCUGUGGACUUCCCGUUUAAGAUCAAAGAGAGACAUGGGCUUGAAUAUAUUCGCCAGUUUCCUCAUCUCAGGUGCAGGACAAAUGUCUUUAGUUCCCUGUUGAGAAUACGAAGUGAGGCCACUUCAGCAAUUCACUCAUAUUUCAAGGAAAAUAGCUUUGUGCAGAUUCACACUCCAGUCAUCACCUCAAAUGACUGUGAAGGGGCAGGGGAGCUUUUUCAGGUUGAGCCAUCGAGCCCAGAUAAUAAAGAGGAUCAGAAUUUUUUCUCUGUUCCAGCCUUCCUGACUGUGUCUGGUCAGCUCCAUUUAGAGGUGAUGUCAGGCGGAGGAGAAAUCAUCUUCCAAGGCUGGCUGAGAAAGUCACCACCGGAGAAAAAACUGCGAAGAUAUGCAUGGAAGAAACGGUGGUUCAUACUUCGCAGUGGCCGCAUGAGUGGUGACCCUGAUGUUCUUGAGUACUACAAGAACGACCACUCCAAGAAACCUAUCCGGGUCAUCGACCUGCACUGCUGCGAGCAGGUGGAUGCUGGCCUGACCUUUAAGAGGAAGGAGUUCCAGGACAGUUUUGUGUUUGACAUCAAGACUUCAGACCGCACCUUUUAUCUUGUCGCUGAGACUGAGGAGGAGAUGAAUAAGUGGGUCCGCUCUAUCUGCCAGCUGUGUGGGUUCAACCAGUCGGAUGAUAACCACGAGAAUUUAAAUACUUCCUCUUCGUUACACCAUAUGCCCCGUUCUGUCGGAGCAGAUGUCAACACCCCUAUGGCUCCUCUGACUGGAGAACGAAAGUCAUCUGCCCCCAUCCACUCCAGCCAGCCAGUUCUCUUCACCUUUGAUGUGCCUGUGCGCCACUCACACCACAGCUCCCUGUCCAACAGUGCACCCCAGGACUACCUCCUCCUCCACCAGUGCAUGAGCAGGAAGACAGAGAGUGCACGGAGUGCCAGUUUCUCCCAAGCCACACGAAGCAAUCUCUUUAUGGGUAGUGACUCUGCGGUGCAGAAGCUCUCCCAUGGUUUUUCUCACUGUUCAAAUGGCAUGGGUACCCAGAUGCAUGGCUUCUACAGCCUACCCAAGCCAGGAAAACACCAGUUAUCAGUGCAUGAUGACUCUCCCCAAGAGGCAUGUUAUGUACUCCCACGUGGUUACAGUUCUGAGGCACCGGCUCACAGUGGUCUAGGUGAGCCGGAGCUAGAAAAUGAAGAGGUUUACACCUUCAAAACACCUUGCAAUGCCCUCGCCACCAUGCACAGCAACGAGCGUCCAACUGACAAUUAUGACCUUCCGACGCCACCUGGUUCCUUCUAUCAAAUACCCCGGACGUUUGAUAAGAAUCACAAUGCCUUGACUCCGUCCAGCUCUGAGAAUUCCGGUGCUCCUCCUCCAAGGCCCCCUAAACCUAGCCAGGGGUCAGAAGGGCAGUGGGGGAGUCCCCAGUCAGUAGGCAGCCAGAAUGGAGAGAUGACGCCUGCAGUGUCAGUCAUCCCACGUAGGAAUACUCUCCCCGCUGUCGAGAACAUCAGGCUACACAGAGGCUCCUCCUUUGAAACUAACAGCCAUCACCGUCCCAUCCAUUUCAACAACUCAGGCCAGUCUGUGGAGUCUGUCAAUGAUGGGUUCAGCUCAUAUCUGAGAACCAAAACCCCUCUGACUCGCUCAGACAGCGGCAACUCAGAUGACAACUAUGUGCCCAUGAAUCCUGGCUCCUCGCCACUCAGUGCUGCCCAAGCUGACAGUCCUAAGAAUAUCUACAUCCCUAUGAGCCCUGGGCCACAUCACUUUGAUUUCCCAGGAUUCUCUGCAACAUUACCUGCCCGUAAGGGGAGCAGCACAUCUCUGUGUCACCGGCCCAGCCGUCUCAGUGAUGUCACGCCGCCACCCAUCAACCGCAACCUCAAACCUAACAGGAAAUCGAAGCCAACACCUCUCGAUUUGAAGAACAAUGGGAUCAUUGAUGAGCUGCCAUUUAAGAGCCCAGUCACCAUGUCCUGGACACGGCCCAUGGCUGCUAUGAACUCCAUGUCCUCCCAGCACUGUCGACCUAUCUCCACACAAAGCAUCACCAGCACUGACUCUGCAGACAGCGAAGAGAAUUAUGUGGCUAUGCAGAACCCAGCGUCUACCUCCCCAGCCGUGAGUGGCACCAGCAGCCCGGCCCCUCGGAAAUGCGGCAACGUGGACUACUUGGCACUGGACUUUCAGCCUGGGUCACCCAGCCCACACAGAAAACCCUCUACAUCCUCUGUGACCUCUGAUGAGAAGGUAGACUAUGUGCAGGUUGACAAGGAGAAGACCCAAGCCCUGCAGAGCACCAUGCAGGAGUGGACCGAUGUGCGACAGUCUACUGAGCCUGCCAAGGGGGUCAAGUCCUGACACUGACCUGAAAAAAAAGACAACAAAAACAAACAAAUUCCAAUCUUAAGUCAAGCAUCUCCAGUAUCAUGUUUCUAUCAACACUGUGAAUACUGGUUGGGCUUGUUUAAGACUGAAG